AGACAGGAAGGGGCGGAGCGCCAGCCGCAACCCCAGCCCCACCGCGGCACAGAAAGAAGCGGCGGCUGCGUGAAGCUGGAGUGCGCGCCCGGCGGCUGCUAAGCCCCCGGCCCCUCCAGGUGAUCGCCAUCAGUUGGGGGUCCUCGGGGUCUGCGAUCACCCUCGGUUCCAGGCACCGCACCGGGCGAGCGGCAACUUCGCGUCCAUGGCCACCGCGGCGGCUCCGUCAUCUUUGGCCCUCAGGGCCUCGAGCCCGGCCAGCUCGUACGGGGUCUUCUGCAAGGGGCUUUCCCGCACCCUGCUCGCCUUCUUCGAGCUGGCCUGGCAGCUGCGCAUGAACUUCCCGUAUUUCUACAUCGCGGGCUCAGUGGUUCUCAACAUCCGCUUGCAGGUACAUUUUUAGAGCCCUCGGGAUGCCGCUGGCGUACCGGGCCUGCAUUAUGGCCGACUCCCAGGAGGCGCCGCGGCGUCGUGGAGCUCCGGGCGAGGAGUCCCUCUGUCUCGCGAGAGUGCUUGGUCUGCCUCCACCGCUGCGCUCUCGCCUCUCCGCCGUCUGCUCCCCUCCCAGCCCCUGAACUGGCACCGAGACCUCCCGAGUUUAGGAAGAGGAAAUACGCGAUUCCGGCAACCGAGAACUUCAGUUAAGACCCACGACAAUAUUUAAGAAGCUGUGUAUCCUUAAAAACGUGGCGAACAGGAUGUAUUAUAACAACGGAUGGCUAUCAGAACUUUCAGGACAGACGUGUACAAGCUCAUGGUCCGUGUUAAAUUUCGGGAAAUGAGACUGGGUUAUAAACAGGAUGAGUCAGAAGCUGACGCUCUUAAGGAUAUGCAUGGAAGGCAAACAUCUCUUCACUCCGCAAGAGAAAACUAUGACGAUCAGAAACUUUAAGUCAAAAAACAAACAAAAAAACGUUGUAAGAGAAACACACCCUGCAGAUAACCAAACAGUGUAAAAUACUGCAGGGUUUUGACAGAGGGUUGGAGUGUGAGAAGGUGGACUCAAUUUCAGCGUCGCUGUAAUUAGCAUGUGGUUCAGAAUCUUGGAGCCAAAGAAAAGGAAAUCCAAUCAUAGCACAAAGCUUGGCCGUUUAUUGAAUAACAUUAAUUAUAAUGUAAAUGCUGUUAUGGUUUUCAUCUUUCUAAGAGAAUGCUUAAUUACGGUUACAGAGUUGAGUGCCAAUAUUAUCAGCCCUGAUGGCAUAAAAGUGCAAUUUACAAGGUAGGAUGAUGGGGAGGGUGCCUGGAAAAGUAAUGGUGUCUUUUAAAGUGGGAAGUUGACAGGUAGACUCUGUUGUCAGUGGGGGAAGAGGUCAUUUUAUGUUACUUAAAGAGUAAUAAUAAAGUUGCUAAAAUAUAACCAUAUGAAAGAGAGAAGGGAGAACAGCAUGAGGUCAACAAGAAAUGCCUAAAGAUGAUAGUUCAGGUGGAAUGUCUCAGAAAGAAAAACGGAUACAUUAUCAUGUGUUUAUAAAUAUUGGGUCAAGAGGUUUCUAGGUUUUAGAGAGUCUGGAGACGAAUUAGUGGUCUGCAUAUUUUUUUCUAAUUAAGGAAGCAAAAUUGAGGCAAUUAUGAGCCUCAGGAAAAAUAAAAGUUUUCAGCAGUUACACUGCAUUAACUCAACUGUGAAUACUCAACAUCAUAGUCAUCAUAUAAAUUCAAUCAUAUUUCUGUAAACAAUACAAAUAACAAAUUAUUAGAUAACCCUAGGAGAAUUGGAAAGGAGUGUAUAUGUAAUGGAGAAUACAUCAAGAUCUGAUACAGAAAUGUCGGUUUAAAAAAAGCAGUAUAACUUGUCACUUAGAAGUACAAUAACAAAUAGCUAAAGACUUAAAAUUGGUAGUAUCUGGUGAAGGAAAAUCAGGGAUGGGCAGAGAAAAAAUGGAGAAUUUCUGUUUUUUACUACUGGCUAACAGUAACUCUUUUUUCUUAGCCCUGUGUGUAUGUGUAUAUCAGCCAAACCUCUGUUAAAAUACAAACUAAUUUUGUGGUCCAGGUGAACCCAACAGUCUGCCUAAAUCCCUGUUUUCUCAAACCUAUUAAAUGAGAGUAAACAUACCCAAUGGAUAGGUCAGUCCGAGAGUUAAAAAUAAGCCUGCCUUAGUGCUUGAUAAAUACACAAUAAAAGUAUUUGUUUUUAUAGAAUAUCUCAUUAACUUGUGAAUAAACCUUAAAACUCUGUGGAGUGCUUGCUUUACCAGUGGAAGGUUUUAGUACUGAAAGAUAUUUGUAGCUUACUGACAGUAAGGGUAGCAGGAAGCCCUUCCAGAAAGAUAUUAGGUGAGACAUUUGAGCAGAAAGGGACAGUCAUUCGUGAAGGUAAAGAUUGAAACUGUAAUGUUCUGUAUUCCACAUUUCACUAAUUGUGUCCAACAAACAAGUGUACUCUAGAGUUGUAAAAUACGUGCCCCCUUCAGCAACAUGUCUGGCUUUGAGUAAUUGUUCUUCCUACCCUUCAUUCCUCCAGCUGAACUGGAGCACAACUUCCUCUUUCUUCUUAGAGUUUCAGGACCGAACUUGGACAUCACUUUUUCCACUAAGUUUUUCCCAGAUGCUCCUGAUCAUGUUACAGUUCAUUUCUUUUAGUCCAUCUAAAAGGCUGUGUUAGUAUCAACCUAUGCCAGUAUCAUAGGCUUCUUUAUUCAUUCUUAAUUGUGCAUUAAUUAGUGUAUGUAGUUUUUUUGUUUUUGUUUUUUUUAAUGUUCAAGAAGACAGGCUUCCUAUACUAUAAUCUCUUCCCUUGGUAAUUAUAUGUUGCUAUGAAAGUACAGGGACUAAAACAUCUUAGUCUAAACUGUCAGAAAUGUAAUUACAUCAGUGAAAUAAUUCAGUAAUGCCAAUGGGCUGGCAAAUGGUGGGCAACACUAUUUCAUAGAGGCACUAAUAUCCCAGUUUGUAACACACAAGAAUGUGGCUGCCAUUAGCCCUGGAAUGGUGACAUACAGGAAUACUCCAUUUGGGUGGCUCAAGAACAUAAGCUUUCCUCAGCCUUUUCUCUUCUGCUGCCCUGAAGAAGGGCUUCCCAGGUGGUUCAGUGUUAGAGAAUCCGCCUGGCAGUGGAGACACAGGUUCAGUCCCUGGGACUGUCCCCUGAAAGAGGAAAUGGCAACUCACUCCAGUAUCCUUGCCUGGGAAAUCCCAUGGACAGAGGAGCCUGUCAGUAGCAGAAGAGUUGGACAUGACUUAGUGACUAAACAGUAACACUGAAGACAGUAAAGUACUUUAACAGAUUUAUUAGUAUUAUCAUCCAACUAGAUUAGAAGCUCUGUGAAGGAAGAUACUAUAUCCUGUCGAAUUUUACAGCUAAUACUGUCAGGUAUAUAGUAGGAAUUGAAUGAAAGCUCUGUGAUUUACCACUUAUUCUUUUUUUAAUUUAUUUUUAAUUGAAGGAUAAUUGCUUUACAGUAUUGUGUUGGUUUCUACCAAACAUCACCAUGAAUCAGUCAUAGGUCUCCACUUAUUCUUAACAAUUGCUCUUAAAAUCAGAUGUCUGUUUUUCUUCCUAUGUAUUACAGCUCAGUGAAGUUUCCCACAGAAGAAAACAAGAUUUUUGCCUUAACUAUUAACCACUUACUAUUCCACUUUACAAGAAAUUUUAUUCCUCCCAGCAUCCAUGAAGCCAAAGAUUUUGUCUGUUGCUCUGUCUCCAGCCUAGAGCUUUGCCUAAUGUGAGUAGAUAAAUAGUGUUGAAUGAACGCCAAAUUUGUUGAUUUUCCUACACCUAAUCAGCAGUCAAUAAAAGAAAUAAGGAUA